UGUAGUCGGAACUGUUCGUCGCGACUUGACGCGACACUUCCGUCUCCCCUGUCAUCUUUUUUCGCCGCCAAAACCAUCAUGCAUCACUUCUAGAUUAGCUCUGGGUUCGCGUCCAGCCUCCGCCAAAAGUGCUCCUUCUCUAUUUCCUUCCUUCCUUCAUUUCUUCCUUACUUACUUACGUAUAUCCUUAGUUUCUUUGGCUUUCUCGAAAAAGAAGUGUCGUGCAUUUUGAGUGCAGUGUCUUUUCUCUUUAAUGGAAUGCCAGAAAAGAGGAUCUGAUGUUUGUUUCUCUCAGAAUGUCAAUGUCCGCACUGGGACUCUGCAUAGUAUGGAAUUUAUUCAUUGGAGUCUUAUCGUUCAGUGAAGAAGUCGCACUCUACCAUAAUAUACCAUACAAUGGAUAUGGACCACCCAAUCGUCAAUCGUUUCAAGGAUCGGCAUUAAGAAAAUGGACCGAAAGCGACUCCUGGCCAGGUGGACCCAGAAGAGGGCCAAUUUAUCGUCGAGACACCCAGGUCAGACCUUACACUCAAUUCGUCCGAGUUGUUGAAGAAAAAUCCGACCCUCUAACAACAUUCACGGAAACUCUCGGUGCUCUCAACACAGUUGGGAGUUACAUCGUGAACAUGACGAGAGGAGAUUCCGAACAUCCUUCGAAGGAGCUGCCAUCAGCUCUCUACACCAUCUCCAAAAACAUCCUGGGCAAAAAUGUAACAGACAGUAUAGCACCAAUCGUCAGAGGAGUCGCUCUACCUCUCAGACCAGUCACAUCUCUGAAACUGACAACUUCAACUCAGAGACCAACAGCAGCGACUCUGAGACCAGUUACAUCUUCGACUGUAACCACAGUCACAAUUUCUGAUCUUCAGGCACAAGCUAGUGAAGAAAUUUCGGAUAGGGACAAGUCUCCUUCCACCUGUACGACUGCAGAAGGCGGUCCUGGAAAAUGUCAGGAUCUCAGCAACUGUCCUCAUCUUCUUCUGGAUCUCACCAAACUCAGACAGUCAUUGUGUUUUAAGAGUUUAUUUGUUCCCGGAGUCUGCUGUCCGAUUGAUAAAAUUGGGGUCAAUGUGCCUUCUCCCGGAGGAAGUCCUAUUGCUGUCACACCACCUACAACAAUUCAAACGACUACAAGACCAAGACCGAGACCAACAAAACCAGCAACUCCGAAGCCGAUACCGUUGUAUCCAAUAACGACAACGAAUCGUCCAAACUUCGAAAUUCCACCUUCAGGACUUUUGGGUAACAGUUCUAAUCCCUUCGAGUCUGUUGAAACGAUUGACAACAACUUCAUUCAGGAUGAUGAUGAAUGCGGAGUAAGAAAUGCUGGAAAGUAUCGAGUAGUUGGAGGAGAGGAAGCACUGCCAGGUCGUUGGCCAUGGAUGGCAGCAAUAUUUCUUCACGGAUCUAGACGCACCGAGUUCUGGUGUGGUGGGUCUUUGAUCGGUCCUCGACAUAUUCUCACUGCGGCUCAUUGCACUCGAGAUCAACGUCAACGUCCAUUCGCAGCUCGUCAAUUUACUGUCCGUCUUGGCGAUAUUGACCUUGAAAGGGACGACGAACCAUCAACUCCAGCAACUUACGCAGUGAAGGAUAUUCACGCUCAUCCCAAAUUUUCGCGGGUCGGCUUCUAUAACGACAUCGCAAUUUUGGAAUUAAAUCGACCUGUUCGGAAAUCUCCUUAUGUUAUUCCCAUCUGUUUGCCAGAAGCUAGAUAUCGUGGAGAACAAUUUGCUGGUGCAAGACCAACGGUUGUUGGGUGGGGAACAACUUACUAUGGUGGAAAAGAAAGUACAGUUCAAAGACAAGCAACAUUGCCAGUAUGGAGAAAUGACGAUUGUAAUGCUGCUUAUUUCCAACCCAUAACUAGCAAUUUUUUGUGUGCUGGAUUUAGCCAAGGUGGAAAAGAUGCAUGUCAGGGUGACUCUGGAGGACCUCUCAUGCUCAGAGCAGAAGGUCAUUGGAUGCAAAUUGGAAUCGUUUCAUUCGGAAACAAAUGUGGAGAACCUGGAUAUCCUGGAGUUUAUACUCGAGUUUCCGAGUACACUGACUGGAUUAAAUCUAAUACGCGCUGAAUUUGAUUCUUUCUAGAUAUUCCCAGCUGAAAAUUCCUGUACAGGAACCUCGGAGGAUUCUGAACAUGUUCCUGGACAUAAACCUGCACACAAACCUGUACAGGUAAUCUUGUCGGUACCUGUACAGGAAUUUAGUGAAGGUACCUGUAUACAAGCUAACCUUUGAAUAAUCCUGUACAGACUCCUUCAGAGAGCGAUUUGUGAUGCGAGUUCAUGCAAGGAAUUGUUUAAGAUCCUAUACGUGAAGCUGCAUAGGAACUAAUCCGCGAGGCGCCGCUAUUUGAUUGGCUCACUCGAUCUUCUAGAGAAUAAAAGGAAAGCAACUUUGUAAGUGUAAGCGACAUGUUUACAGAAGGAACCUGUACAAGAACCUAUACGUGAACAUGCAUAGAAACUAAUCCGCGAGGUUUCGCUAGUGGCUUGGUUUUCCCGAUAAUAAGUUCGAUCUUCAAGGAAAUAAGAAGAGAGCAGAAUCUAAUAAUUAUAACUUCUUCCAGACUUAUAUUAG